AUGCCCAGCCAUCACCCAGUGUAAGCACCGAAGCUGCACAAAUGCCUACAACACUGUAUGCAAUGAAUGCUAUGAAAACAAGUCGAUAUUUACGAGAUGGAAUCGAGAUACGGAAUGUCAACGUAUGUGCGCGUGGAACAAUCACUAUUGCUGGCCCGGAACAUGCAGCACAACCGGACUGACCAAGGACUGUCAGUGUGCGGAUGGCUUUGUUAAACGGUUAAUUGUUGACUACGGUUCGAUAGAUGCCGGGGAAACAACGUGUCAGCCAAACAUAACUCCCGAUAUUUUGACAUGCGACACUGUAGCAGUUGGACAUAAGGGCGAAAAGAAACGAGCGAUGAGCACUAGCAAUUCAACAGCAUGUCAACACCUUGAUGAUAUGUACGGCAACUUCCAACCGAAAAUUAUGGAGUUUAAAAUGUCUUCGGAAUUUUCAAUAAAUGUUUCACUUAACAAACCAUCUUUCAUCGCAGAGGAAGCAUUUGGCAUAAGCGAUACAACAAUAAACGUAAAGGUACAGGCAGUGACAGGUUCCUAUCAAGCAAAGUCCACCCAUACACAGUUUGUUGAUACAUCAUCAAGCACAAGCGUGACAAAAGCACAACAUGACUCGGGGCAUAUAACUGUCGAUCAGGCAAAGUAUAAUCUACAAAACGGAGAGGCAAUUUGUUUGGAGUUUGAAGCAAGGGCGGGAGGCUACUUAAAAAGCAUUGAUACAAGGGCAGAUACGCUUACCUCAUCAGGACCAGUUCCUUAUACGAAGGUCAAACAACAAAGGACAGUGUGUUACAGAUACGAUAACGCACCACCAGAGCAUUGUUCCAUGUUGGGAUCAUGCUCAUCAGAACCGAUAACGCUUCAGAAGCGAGUAACACGAUCUACAGUGUCGUUAAUUCAAUUCAACGGUUGGGUGGAUCCAGUUCCUAAUGGAGGAGCAAGUAAAACAGCAUCGACAAUUGAAAGUUACCAAAUAACUGUCAACGAAGUACCUCCGUCCAACGGAUCUUUGCAAGUUGAUUAUACAAAGAACAUAUAUACCAGAAAAGUACUUUCAUCAAAUGACCAUAAAAUGGAGCUGAAUCUAAUAUCCGAUUCACCACGAUUGUAUUGUAUAACACUAGAGGUCAAAGAUAUUGCAGAUAACGUUCGCCACAGUAGAAGGUUUAUGUUGUACGACAACACGAGCUUCAUUGAAACAUGGAACGACAAUCCCUUUCAAUUUGAUUCAGCAUCGCCAAAGACAAACUUCACUUGGCAAACACAUCACAAUGAAAUAUGUCUGAUUUGGAAAAACUAUUUCAUCAACAUGUUCUAUUUGCAAAAUAAACUUUUCAAUCCAAUAGAGUCCCAUGGUCAUAUUACCGGCGUAUAUGAACAAAAAUCUGGCCUUCUUCCCGUAAAUGGUACACCGAAUGUGCAUGGAAUACUACAAUAUUUCGUAUCAUGGAAACUCAACAAUGACGCGUUCUCGGUAGAACAACUCGUACCGGACUUUCUGAAUCAACGGUUUUGUACCAAUUUGAAUGUUGCUGACGGACAGACCUAUAUAUUCAACAUUCGUCCAGUAGAUAUUGUCGACAACACUUUCAAUGAGUCUAGAACCGUUUACAUAGAUCGCUCGCCACCUCAUAUAAACAACAUUUGGUUGAAGAAAGAUAGUUAUGAAAUGUUAUAUGUUCACAACAGCACCGAUUUGUCGAAGAUGCAGAUGACGUUCGACGCAUUGGACCCACAUAGCGGACUGUACAAAAUUAAGUGGGAGUUCGGAAUCGCCGAUACGUCAACUGUGUUAACAAGUGGUUAUUUACCUGUAGGACAGAUUAAAAACGCAACUUGCCCUACUGGAAAUGUAGAGUGCUAUUGUCCGGAUAUAGGAAAGUGUGAACAUUUCAACUACUCAAUCCCGCUGAAUAAACUCGUUGAAACAGAUAAAGAUACAGGGAACCACAACAGGAACUACUUCUUCACAAUAACUGUCACUAACAAUGCCUUGCUAACAACAACAGAGCACAUUGAUGUACUUGUUGACGACUCUCCACCAGAAGAAGGAGUAAUUUAUGAAGGUCCUGUGGACUACAAAGAUAUCGACUACACAAGUGAGGAUUCCUUUAUUGUACACUGGCAUGGCUUUAUUGACCAUGAAAGUGGAAUCAAACUCUACAGGUUAGGGCUUGCCGCCAGAUGCUUGACUAAAGAGGAACUGUACAACUUUACAGAAGUUACUGAGAUAAUGGUAUAUAGAGAUCUUACAGAGACGUCAGUUCGUCUUCCAGCAAAUUUCACAGGUAAACGGUUCGUGACCAUUAUUGCUCUUAACUAUGCCAUGGAGUCAUCAAAGCCUGUUUGUUCGGAUGGAAUCACACGAGAUAUCUCAGCUUCUAUUAUCCACAACUUAACACUUGAGCAUUCAGCAUGGACGGAAACCAUUAUCUGCCAAAAAGGACUACCAUAUUUAUUACAAUCGAACUUUCAAAAAGUUCCAUUGUACAAAACUACAACAUGUUUAAGCAUCUGCAAUUUGACAACGGAAACAAUGUUGGCUGACUACCUUGCUACUCAUACAUUAGAGAACAAAGAUCGUGAUAUAUCGGAUAUCCUUUGUCAACAACUGUCUUUGUACUCUAACGAAACGGUUGUCUACAUGCCCAACGACCAUAUUGUGCUGAAUUGGGCAGUGGAAGAAUCAGGGAGUCAAAUUGAUGACUUUUAUGUAGGGCUUGGUCUUGAUGCGACAGAAAAAGAUUCUCCAAGUUUGGUGGACUAUGUUUCUACCGAUAGAAAACCAUACUUUAAACAUCAACAUGAAGCAAUUGGAUCAGAUGACCCGUUCUAUGUCUUCAUCAAAACAGUCAACAAAGCAGGAUUGUCGUCUAUCGCAACGUUGGGUCCUAUAUUGAUCGACCAAACACUGCCGCGAUACAAAUACAUUCCGCGAGUAACUAUCGAUGUAGACACAAUCGUGUUUGCCUGGGAAUCAGAUACAUUCUAUGAUGAUGAACAGACAGCCCAAAUAGACCAACUGGUAUUUCAAUUUGGUCAUGACGAAAGAGUUUCCAGUCCACUUCUUGAAUGGCGAUUAGAGUCGUCGUCCCCUUGCCCCCCGUAUACCGGAGGCUGCUUCAAAUACCCAUUGUAUCGCCUCCAAAAUCAGGACACGGGAGAUGGACUUCUUUUCUAUAUCAACAUUCACAUAUACAACAAUGCCGGUCACUUUACGUCAAUCAGAACCGAAACGUUCUCGUUGCCCUCGCGAUUUCCGCCAGGACACGGAUAUGUGUUGGAUUUGGAUCCAGACAUGGUGAACACUUCAACAGAUAUUGAUGUCCAUUUUACUGAACACACUAUGUGUGCUCGGUGGAUGGGAUUUAAACAUCAUGAAAAUAUUUCUCUGGAAGUGGGGAUAGGAUUAUAUCGCACAAUUGCAGAUGUAGUUCCAUUUCAGAGCACGUUUGAGGUGAGCAGAAUCUGUCUUAAUUCAAGUGCAAUUGUUAACGGCAAAGUAUACUUUUUCAUUGUAAAAGCAAGCUGUAGCGGAGGAACCACAGUAUCAGCGUCUAACGGAGUACGAAUAUUUGAUGAACAUUAUCUGAAAAAUAAACUAGAAAUUAAAAUCGGCAAAGAUUGCUUCUCCACAAAUGUCUUGGCAAUAAACGUUUCAAUUGCUAACGACAGUACGUUCAUCAAGCUUCCAUUUACUUUGUUUAUCGGGCAGCGAUAUGUUUUGUCUAUGGAAAACAGUGAAUGGCAAAAUUUACUGAGCAUUAAUACAAGUGAAGCUUUACUCCAACUCGAAGAUAAUAAAUAUGUUCUGAUCCCUUAUGCCGAGAAACCUACCCUACACAUACAGCUAAACAUUUCAAAAGACAUUACAUUGCGUUUGAAAAUCAGUAAAUGCCCUGCUCAAAAUAUCCUUCCAAAUAACAAGCAACUGAAUAUAAGCUGGUCCUUCAGUAAUACCGCAACGAUCAAGGAUGUUGUAUUUGCAGUUUCAAUACUAGAAUAUGUGUCCGGUAACGGCUCGGAUCUUCAAACUAUUUUCGCGCCACCUCAACAACCCGAUGGUUCAUUGGAUAUUACAUUCAAUGAUUUAAAUUUUAAAGCACAAACACGGUAUAUGGCCAGCGUUCAGUUGUGCAACAAAAUAAGAUGCCUUAGUCCUAUUUACUCAAGGAAAUUUACAAUCGAACUUGAAGCUCCAGGUAUUUCGUUGAUAAACACUAAAGUUAAAGUCGCAAAGGCUGGGCAGUGCGUUGAUAUUCAAGCGUCAUGGGAAAUCAUCGGACACAGCGACAACAUUGCUUUCUACCAAUGGUCUAUAAGUCGUGACGACACAGCUGGUCAACUAUUGUCUGUUUGGGAAAAUGUACUGCCCAAUGGAACACCCGUUAAUGUUGCGAAGUGCGUUCUCCUCCCAGGCCACGGAUAUCUGACAUAUUUUCUGUGCGUCCGGCUGUUUUCUGUGAGUGGUUUAGCAAUGACAUAUUGUCAGAAGAUGAAUAAAAGUGAGAGUUGGUCCUAUUCAAAAACUUCUGUGUAUGAUUUUGAUUCGUCGUCAGACAGUUGGGUAUACAUCAAAAAGGUGCUGUCAAGUUCUAACAUUGGUCAGCACUAUGUCCUUCUUCACACAGAAAUAAACAUAGGUAAUUCCAAUUCGUCAGUGACCGGUGCAUUGAUGUAUGGUUCAGAACGCUCAGUUUCAUGGUACCUUAUGAAGUUGCAGUACGUGCCACAAACGUGUAAUUCCGACAUAAACUGCGUUGUAAAGAACGAAACAGACAAUGGAUACAUAGAAUUGGACAAGCAAUAUAUAACACUCAAUGAAUUAUAUUUCAUAUGCGCGCACUCGAAUUACACUGUGAUAGAACGUGAGUAUUUCACUGAAAUUCUAGAAGAAAUAUCGUCGUGCAGCAAUGGAUUCAUAUUAGACAGUUCUCCACCCACAAAAGGAGAUGUGCAUGUCCACAACCACAGAGGGUUUAUCACAAAUCCACAACACGUCAUUGUAACAUGGACUGGAUUCGAUGACAACAUUGAUGCCACCGUAUUUGGUUACCCAGAAAAACUGCAUAAUUUCUCUAUAAGAGCAGGCACAAAAGCCGGUUCAAAUAAUAUUAUGGACAUUGUUACAACUGGAAUGGAAACAUCUGUAAUGUUGAAUCUGUCAAACCCCUCUGAUGGAAGUCAAAUAUUCUUCACAGUCAUUGCAACGGAUUAUGCCGGUUUGUCUACCGGCUCGGAGUCCAUGGAGUUGAUCAUAGAUACAUCACCGCCUUUAUGUGGCAGAAUAACAAUUUUAAACAACCUUCAGAGAAAUAUAUUUAUCAACCAAGAACUAGCAACUGUUCGUUUCGAAGGAUUUUCAGAUCCGCAUAGUGGCUUGGACUAUUUUAAUGUUGGCAUUGGUACAAUCGAAGGGAUAACAGAUAUCAAUUCGAAAACUAAAGUUUUCACUGAUUAUUUUGAACUGAAUUUAGCGCAGAUGAUCGAUGGUCAUCUUUAUUUCAUUAUUGUGCAAGCGAUCAAUCGAGCAGGGUUAGUUUCACAAUCUGUAUCAACACGAUUUGUAUUGGAUCGAACCUCUCCCACUGGAGGGCACGUUCUCGAUGGGAUCAAAGGAGCUGGGGAAAUUGAUUACCAAAGUGAUAUCUACGUUAUCAACGCAUAUUGGAAAGAUUUCUACGACCCAGAGAGUGGCUUAGCAUUCUUCAGAGUGGGCCUUGGAACUGAACCAUAUGAUACCGAUGUAAAACCGCUAAAAGAUGUUGGAAUGAUGACAGAAGUUUCAUGGAAUGGUCCGUUUGUUCCUGGCAAAAAAUACUUUGUGACCGUGGAAGCGUGUAACAAUGCAAACCUUUGCACCAGACGUGUAUCGGACGGCCUUAUUGUGGACAACUCACCCCCAGUACGCGGUCUUAUACAUGUCGGACCAGGAGCAGGUCAUGAUAAAUAUUUGGGACAUCGAUCAUCUAUUAGAAUAAAUUGGCAAGGUUUCGAAGAUCCGCAAUCAGAUAUAGAUCAUUUUGAAGUAUGUGUGUCAACCCCUAAGGGCGAUUGUGACGUUGUUGCGCUAUCAAAUCGACUGCUCCACUCUUCAAUCAUAAUCUCCAAUAUAAGGCUCCCAAUUAAUACUUCACUUAUUGCAACAGUUUGGGCAUUCAAUGGAGUCGGAAUGAAUGUAUUAGAAGCGUCUGAUAUUUUCAUUAUUGACGAUACACCCCCAGUUGCUGUGAAAGCUCCGAAAUUCUUACUCAAAUACAACUCUGCAAAUGGUAAACCGUCACAAUGGGAAAAAUCCAUAUUACAUCUCGAAUGGGAAUUUAAGGACGGCGUCAGUCCUAUUAUUCGCCAUGAGAUUUCUUUGAAAACGCACCACGAAGGUCACACGCCUGUUGAGAGGCUUGUCUUAGGAUCGGAACGCCACGUGACUAUCAGUUUAGAUGGAAAGAAUUGGCUAAAUGACGGUGACAAAUACUAUGCUAUUGUAACAUCGUGCAACGCCGCCGGACUUUGCUCUUCUGAACAAACAAACGACCUUUUAAUUGAUUCUACUCCACCGCACCUCGGUGGAUUUAAAUCACCUUUGACGUGGACGAACAACAAUGAUACACUUGGAAAUAAAGUCACAAAUGUAACCCUUACAUGGUACGGGUUCCACGACAAGGAGUCUGGAAUUGAAAACUACUACGUGACGGUCUCGCGGUCCUACAGCUUCAGUGAACUUUCAAAUGGAGAAAUAAUAAUUAAAAAUUCUAAUCAAAAUGAAAGGGUUCAAACUUCAUUCGUACUGACUGAAAGUAUGUCUCCUGACGAAUCCAUUAUUCUUUCGAUAUGGGCGCAGAACAAUGUCGGGCUAAACAGUUCGAUUGCAAGGGUCACUGUGAAUAUUUUAUCUGAGACAUCUAGAAAUGAAAUGGGAAUUUUGGAAAUCGAAAAACAUUCAUGCGACAUACAUUUUUGUAACAAGGAUUGUACGUGCGCAGUUAUAGAUCGCCCUUGUGUAGAAGAAAACACCAACGUUACAUGCACUGAUAUCUCAAGCACAGAUACGCAGAAUCCAAAUAUCCGAACAUAUGAUGUAUUUUGGGGACUAGCGGGAGAAAUUCUUAAUCUAUCAGCUUCAUCAGCAUGUCUGAGCGGACACUGGUCACAAACAAAUAGAGAAAGUACUUCCGAAAUUAUUCAUCGCUUUGAAUGGAGCAUCGGCGUAAAUGGAUCCGCUAUAGGCGAAGGGGUGUACGAUCUGAAACUAGAAAACCCAUGGACUGAUGUUGGUCAAAGGUUAGAAUUUAUUCAUUGCCUACCAGUAAAUCGUUCAUUGAUACAUGCGGAGCGCUAUGUCAUAUAUGUGAGAGCUUGGUAUAGCGAAAGUACAUACACUGUGUUCAAGUCGGCUCCAAUCAUGAUAGAUCAAACCCCACCCAAUGUCAGACGUAGUCGUUAUAUCAGAGAAGGUAAUUGUCUUCAAGACUUGGACUUUAUUGACUGGACGGACAAAAUCAUGGCCUGUUGGGACGAUGUGUUUGCUGAACCGCAGAGCUUCAUUGAUCAUUUCAUCGUCAGCCUUGGAACAUCACCUCACAAUGAUGAUAUACUUCAACAAAUUGAUGUCGGACUGGCAACAAACAUAAGUCUUGAUAACAUUUAUCUCAAUCCAGGCACGCGCUAUUACUUUACAGUCAUUGCUGUUAAUAGUGUUGGGCUACACACCGCAUUAGCAUCGGAUGGAUUCAUUAUUGAUACAGAUACUCCCAUCAACGGGGUUGUGUUUAAUACAAUUGAACACAAGAGCUCAGCUUUUCAGAAAUCGACUUCAACCUUUGACCUGUCCUGGCACGGAUUCCAAGAUCAUUUAUCUGGCAUUAAGCACUAUCUAGUUGCGUUUGCCAAAGACGGUGAAUCCAAUGAAUCAAAUAUUAUCUUUACAAAUGUUGGUUUAUCAAACAAAUUUUCCUUCACAAAUUUAAACCUCGUUCACGGCGAGUCUUAUUUUGGAUUCGUGAAAGCUGUUGACGCAGCAGGUCAUGAAAGUGCAACUGUAAGAUCCCCCAAACAAACAGUCGAUUCGACUCCACCAAAAGGUGUUUACUGUGGAUCCACUAAAUCUAUUCAAAUUGAUGUUUCUCGCACAGUUACGAAUGACAGUCUCUUUGUGUUGUUCAACGCAAACCUCACAAAAGAUAACAUGUAUGUUAUUCACGGAAAGAUAAACAACGUGACGUAUGAGUUAUACCCAAUUCUCCAGAUGGACAAAUACAAUUUGCCCUUACAAUUACAGAAACGUCAUGAUGGAUCAUUCGAAUAUCAUCACACGUUUAUAUCUCCGUCAACAACGUUUCAAACCAUUACAAUUGAAUUAGGAACAACACUUGCCGAUAAAUUAAUUCAUAUUGUUUUCUUUGAAGAGUGUAGACAGGUAGAAAAUAAUUCCGCUGCUCUUUCUGUAAACCAAAUAGGCCCCUAUUCGCUGACUGUGUCCUUGGGAAUACUGGACCCGGAAAGCGAGUUAAAGACGGUGUCUAUUGGAGCCGGUGCAACUGAAGGGGGUUUUCAGAUCAAAUCCUUGUUUGAGCUACACAAUCGCAAUAACUUCGCAGUAAUUACCGCGCCAUUUGUGCAUGGGACACCAAUAUAUAUUACUGUAAUAGCCGAGAACCACGCUAGCCUCACGUCUGUUUUCCAUUCUGGUAAAGCGCUUAUAAUAGAUCACACCCCUCCUUUUGUCAGCGAUAUUGGUGUUGCCGUUUCCGUUAUAACAGGUAAUUCUGCAACAAUGCUAACGACAUGGCAAGCACGAGAUGAUGAAUCUGAUGUUCAAUACUGCAGCUGUAGAAUGGGAUCUACACCUCUGUCAGCUGAUAUACAGGAGGAAAAGGAUUCGGAUACAUCGCAGUUUUGUCAGUCAGACAUUUUGAACCUUUCUCAUGGCGACAGAGUCUUUGUUACGGUCAAAUGUGUGAACAAGGUCGAAAUCGCCACGACCUUAGUAUCGAGACCAGUGAUCAUCUACCUUGAACCGCCCAACAACUCGCACGCCUUCGUUAGGUUUGUGCCAAGUGGGAAGGACUCUUUUUCUAUGACUGCUCCAUUACCCGCCCAGUCUUCUGCGCAGUCUAAUUCAAGCAUAUUGCAGAUGGAAUGGAACAACUUCGAAGAUCCUUCAGAGAUAACAUCCUACAGGUAUCGUAUCCAAAGCAAUGGUGAUAUUGUUGUGGACUGGACUGAUGCAGGUCUAAAGGACAUGUGCUCCAAUGAGCAUCUAAAGUUGACAUCAGGCGAGACAUACACGGCAGAAAUUUAUGCAGUAAAUGGCGGAGGAUUCGCCAGUUCUGGUGUCAAGUCCUCGCUAAUUGUAGCUUCAGAACCACCAGCGCUCACAGGAUCCAAUAUAUCUGCUGUUUUCGUAAAUGGCAAAUUAACUCUCGAUUGGGAAAAUGUCUUCGACACAAUCACAGGAGUACCAACGCACUACAGUCUGGUUGUUGGGUCACGUGACGGAUUUUCGGAUAUCGCUGACGUAAACUACACACGUGACCACGUGUAUGACAUCAUCGUUCCAUCAUCAACGCUUGUUGCUCCAAAUCUGAACAAGCUGUACAUAAAAGUGAGUUGUACAUACACCACGGGUAUGUUUACAACAUACAAUACAUUGCACAAACUGUGACGUUAACUUGUUUAGUGAAUAGUGUUACAUUCCCUUGCCUCCACAUUAUCUUGUUGUUUGCAUUGCCUUACAUGCAUAUAGAGUCACGAACAAUCGUAAGCUAAGAAACCUUACCUUGGAUAAUCAUAAAAUAUUAUUUAAACCAUUCUUCGUCAGAGAAAACCGAAAAUACGCAUGUUUGCUUUAUAAUUUUAAUCUUUUGUAUAUGUAUAUAUCUAAGGUUUUAGUAUUAAUCCGAUUUUAAUAUUUGUCAUAUAAUGAUUGUAUUAUUUUAGUACUUUUUUAAUAGUCAAUAGCACUUGAUUGGUCAUUGUCGGCUCGGAUACUACUUAAAUGUACCCCGGGUAUUCUUAUGCACACUUAAAGGUACCCCGAUUACGGUAAAUAUACUGAAACGUACCCGGGGAUUCUAACGCUAAAUUGGUCGUUGUCGGCUAAUGUUUUCAAAUUUAUUAUGUCCAUUUGUAUCUCAAUGUUCUGUAAAAUGGCCUCUAUAUUAUCGAAACUCUUACUCAGAAAGCAUGAUUAGGCAGAUUGUUCAAAGAGAUUGUUUUCGUAUUCCUAAGCGCGUUUUACGACUUCGGUUUUCUGGCGGGAAUAAAAAUCGGGUACGGUAUACAUUCGCCGGUUACGUGUUAGUAUAUUUUUCGUACGCGGGGUAUAUUUAAGUAUACGUAAGAGUUGCCGUGUUACAUUUAAGUAGUACCCGAGCCGACAAUGACCAAUCGAGCGUCAAUAGCUUGUUUAUAAUAAUAAUAAUCGCAAAUAAUGUAUGUUUUUGUAGUCGAAUACUUUUGCUUUAUUGUGUGCUUGUUUUUUUCGCUACUCUCUUAUUCUACUGGAUUGUGUAUUAAGAUUGCUUUGAAAUGUUUUGCUUAUGUUACUAUAACAUGCAUGUAUGGGACCUGUACAUAGACUUUCGAAUUCACAAACUUAAAAUAAAAAACAGCAAUAUCGACACGACAGACUACAAACAAAGACACGAUUAUUAGAAGUAUAGUUUUGUGUAUGAAGCUAUAUGAGUUUUUGUUGUUUGUUUUUAAAGUUGUGGACAACGUAAAAUUCCAUUACAAAACAUUGAAUCCGGUGAAAACAAACAUCAGUUAGAACGACUUAAUGGUUAACACAUAAAAAGGAACCAUGCUAUUUUUAUUUUGCCGACAUCAAUUCUUAGUUAUUUGUGUUAUCUUCAAACUAAAUAACAUAUUCUUUUAAAACGAUUUUUCAGUUUUAAAAUAUCAGUAGUCUGCCUUUCGUUUGCUUUAAAUAAUUAUACCUUAUUUAUUAAACUUAUUUUGUCAGUGCCAAAUUUACAAUUUUACAUCUGAUAUAUGGGAACAUUCCUUUUAUGGUUUAAUGGCUUUCUGUUUAUUUAAUACUACAUAUUGUCGGAUACAGUAAAUUUGAUAUAUUGGGAAAUAUGUUUAAGUAGUCAGUACAUAAUAUUUUGCAAUGUGUGUUGGUUUCGCUUAGUCACUUUUAUUCUAUACAUUUGGUCGGAAAUGUGAGUAACCGACGUUCAUAGACGAUGCUUCACAAAACCCACCAUUGGCACAGUCAUGAAAUUAAUUUAAGAUGUGUUGCUUUGUAUAAUAUUAUAAAUUAUAUAGCAGAACACCACACACCGAUUCCAAACACUAAGGGUUCAGGUAUUUAUCUAAAUAAAUAUAUUUAUUAACCAUAAA